AUGUUCGAUUCUGAAACAGCUGUAGACUCGUUCGUCCGAACGAUGUCCCAAGGUACUGAUGCUUUGAAAGAUCAUCUACUUUCUGGCGUUGCGUUUUCGUGCACAGAGUCGGGAAAUGUCGAAGCAGUAAACUUGUUUUUCGCUUUAUGGCUUGAACCAGCAAACGAGCUUACUGUUUCUGGCGCCAUUACCUCUUUUCUUGCACAGGAUCAGGGCGCAGAGGAUAUCAUGAGCUGCCUUGCUCAAGCGGGACGUUGGCUGACUGAAGUUGCUCACCCGGAAAGUGUCGCCUACUAUGUCAAAGCAAACGCACUUCGCGCGGCCAAGCCUGCAGACAAAGCCGGCCCUCCUCCUCCCCCUGAGCGAAGGCGAUCCAGCUACGACACGCUCAAAUCAAUCGUAGACGAUCCAAAGAUGUUCGAAGCGGCCAUUCAAGCAUUGAAAGAGCAUGGAGCCAAACCCAAAGUUGCUCCGUCUGCCGAUCUAAAACCUCAGGAUUCCAAUGAGAUAGAUGCCACAUAUAUCCUUACCUGGUGGAACCAAACCGGUGGCGACCUUCUCACUCUCCACGACGCUAAAGUGCAGCCGUCUUGGAUCUUGUCUGUAAGGGCUAUGCCAGACAAACAUUUCCGUACUGGCUCAACAUCUCUAGCAUGGUUCUUUACAAAUGGGGCCUGGGCACAGGGCGAGAUGGAUGGAUACUGUAUCUGGUAUGCGCCCAAUGGCUCCUGGUUCGGAGUCAACAUUCAUUGUCCCGUACAGUUCUUGGGUAUUGGCACUGCCCCUUAUUACGAGGUCGCUUGGUCUGAGUGGGGGAAGGAGACGUUUUUCAAACCUGUUGAUGAGCCCUUCAUGUCUUUUGAUUUCCCUCGCUCUCUUGGAUAUGAUAUUCAGAUCAAGCCUCAGAGUGGACAUUCCAGUAUCAUUGUUGAUGUAAUCGUUAACAUGACUUCAUAA